CACAUGUGAGGCGAGGACACCUCUAAUCGUGCAUUCUGUCAAGGGACUGCGACUCGGAAAAAGGGGGGGGGGGAGGAAGAAUCUAAGGAAGGUAAUCCACAGGGCGAGGUCGGCGUCGGUGCGUGUGCAUGUGUGCAUGCGUACGUCGUGCUUUGCCUCCCCGUUUCCCAAAGCAAACCGAACGAUCGAAUGUGACUACUACUACAAGUAGCAGAGAAGCAAUAGUAAAAAACGGUAGACAACCCGCGAGGAGAAAGAGACUUUGGCCGUCUCAUAAAAAAAAAGGAUGCGCGCCCGAAUCAACCGGUGUAAGGGAUUCGCCGAGUUGCCCCUGUCAUGACCGCCAAAUAUUCGUAUCAGGUCGUGAAACUCUCGAUGAGAGAGGUGAGCGAGGUUUUCUUCCGGGCGCCGCUGAAGCCGAAAACCACGAGACAUAAAAAGUGCGAGCAGAGAGAAAGGGAGCCGGGAGGGGCGGACCUGCUCGAGCAGAGCAGGCGACCCGACCCGACCCCGGCGGCGUGUGUUGUUACAGGCGCCGUCUCCUUUUUACGCACAUGUCUGUGGCUGGAGGGCGUUGGAUCGACCUCCGUCGGCGAAGCGGACGACGGCCCGGCGUACGUGCCCGGCAACGCCGAGCUUGUCGUGACGGUGGGCCGUCUUGGAAGAAGGGGAAGCCGCGGCGGCGGCGGCGGCGGAAGUCUUGGGUGA